CAGGAGUUUACCUACAAUGUCUGGUCUGCCCCGGCCAAGGCUGGGAAAAAAUGUGCGACCGCGAAACGCCCACCACCAGAGAAAGUCCCACUUCCAUGCCAUCAAGGCGGUGGCGGUGGCGGACCCGCGCCAUUCUUCUAUGGCGUUUGAGGAUUUUCGUAGAGAACCCCCACAACGAAGCGCAAGAAACAGCAUCAUACAUGUUGCAACUGAUGCUCCCUUGCUUGCUUCGGACUUGCAGCGGUUUCGUCGGUGUGCGUCGGCGUUCUGGGAUGCGAUGCAGGCGCGCCUUGUUGAUGACGGUCUCCCCACGACGUUGCCUGGUAUGCUCCGCGCCAGCAACUUCAGUCGUGAGCGAUACUCGAGACUCGGCUACCGCACCAUUGGCGAUACCGAUGAUGAUGUCGGUUCGGUGGUUGCGGUUGGCAGUCCUCCCGGUAGUGGCGGCGGUUCCCCUAUGCAGAUUUCGUCGCAGAGCUCCCCUGCCCCUGUCGCCCCUUCUCCUGAAGAAGGUAGGUAUCUUCAUGAUGUAAUAUUGUCUGGUAUAGAGGUAGAGUGGGAAUUGAGCACUGCAGGGCUUGUGGAGGUGUUCUAUGAUUGA